AUGAGUUCUUUACAUAAUACACGUCGAACAGUAUUGAUCAUUACAUUUUGUAUAUCAUUUGCUUAUGCACAAACAUUCUAUUGUUUCGAAGGAAAUCUUAUGAUAGCUGCCGCACCUUGUUCACCUAAGAAUACACCAUGUAGUAUUAUCGAUACAACUCUUCUUUUUUUUAUUCAAUUUCUUGCACCACCUUUAAUAAUAUUUUACUUUGGCAUCAACAUUUAUUUAAAUGUUCGUCAACUGAAAUAUCAAAGACAAAAACCAACCAUCUCCACCGUUAAGACAACACAAACACGAAAUAAUCAAAAAACAGAUCAAAUAAUUUUACGCAUAGUAUUCAUUCAAGUAACCUUACUUCUCAUAUGUUCAUUGCCUGUUUUUGUAUUUCGAUUGUAUACAACUCUUACAUUGACGACAGCUAAAAAUAGUUUACGUCGUUCAAUGGAAAAUUUUUUUUCCAAUGUUACUUUAUUGAUAUAUUAUUUUGAAAAAGUAUGUUCAUUUUAUAUUUAUACAAUUACAAAUCGUCAUUUUCGACAGAUAUUAUGA